GCAGACACCCUUGUGCACGAACAGCACCAUGGCAUCUGGAAACGCUAAAUUUGCGCUCAACAAGCUCUUCAGCGUCGAAGACUGCGUGUGUCGUCUCCGGAGGUCCGCCGCGCGGAUGGCUUAUCCCCCAUCGACACUGACCGGCGGCAACAGGCGGUACGGGCAUCGGCCUCAUGAUUGCCCAGCCGUUUGCCAACAACGGCGCACGCGUCUACGUCGCGUCGCAUCGCGCCGACACCCUCCGAAACGCCGUCGACACCUGGGGCUCUUCCCUCCUUCACCCCAAGGGGAAGCUCAUCUCCACCCAGGUUGACAUCACCGACAAGUCUUCCAUUCGAAACCUCGUCAAGGAAGUCAGCAGCAGAGAAAAGUGGGUCGACGUCCUCGUCAACGACGCAGGCAUCAGCGAGAGCACGAACAACGUCGAGGCCGGAGACGAGAGCGCCGAAAAGCUGAGCGAGACGCUGUUCAGCGACGAGCAGGCGACGUGGGAGAACACCCACCGGACGAACGUGAUCGGCCACUUUUUCAUGUCGUCCCGCGUUCGCGCCGCUGCUCUCCGCUGCCGCCACGUCCAAGCCGGCGCGCACGGGCGCGAUCAUCAACAUGGCCAGCAUUUCCGGCCUCACCCACUCGUCGCAGCAUCACCUCAAAUACAACGUGUCCAAGGCCGCGACGCUGCAGCUCAACACGCUCCUCGCGCAGGAAUUUCGUCGACCAGGCGUCAACGUGCGCGUCAACGCGAUCAGCCCUGUCAUCUUCCCGAGCAAGAUGACGGGUGGUGUUUUGUAUGCCCGCUUCUGCUGACAGAGCCGUGCGCUGACUCUACGGAGGUAGCGGACAGCUCGGACGAUAAGAACAAGUAACAAAUCCCUGCUGAGGGUAUACCGGGCAACUGACCCGGCCGCGACGAGGAUAUGGCACAGGCAGCGCUGUACCUCGCCUGCAACCAGUACGCGUAUGGCACCAAUAUCGUCGUCGAUGGGGGAUAUCUCCUUGCACAUCCUAUGUUCAUCAUGUGUACAUUACACG